GUUACAAGUCAGCUGCCAAGACAGUCAGAACGAAUGUGUGCGCUUGAGCAUUUAGGCCUAUAUUAUUAUAAUUUUUUUCUUUCUUUGAAUUAGUUAAUUCAAAUCUUUUGAUUAUUCAUAUCGUAAUUGUUUAUAUUUUUAUAAAUAGAUUCGGCUCUACUGAUAUGCGAGCCGGCUCGUUCGCGAACUAGAGCCGACUCGUUCGCGAACGACCCAUCACUACAAGUAAACAGUGACAGUGAACUUUCAUUCAGGGAGGUAGUCAGUCGUGAUAUAUCAAGACAGAGUUACUAUGUUGCCUGAUAAGGAUGGAUCAGGGGGUUGUGGUGGAGGCCAGGCCACAUCGGGAGAAGACCCCUCAGUGAACCUGUUUAGAGAGUACCUCUGCCUCAGGACUGUCCACCCAGAGCCUGACUAUGACGCUGCUCUGAGGUUCCUGGAUAGAAUAGCAGAGGAGCUUGGGCUGCCCAUGAAGAAAAUUGAGGUCUGCCCCGGUAGAGUUGUGUCUAUCAUGACCUGGCAGGGGACUAACCCUGCUCUGAAGUCCAUUCUGCUCAACUCCCACACUGACGUUGUGCCUGUUUACCAGGAACACUGGAAGUAUGAUGCGUUUGCUGCUGUGAAAGAUGCAGAGGGCAACAUCUACGCUCGAGGAACACAGGACAUGAAGUGUGUCACCAUACAGUAUAUCCAGGCCAUCAGAAGACUUAAAGCAGAGGGAAGGCAGUUUAUGCGCACCAUCCACCUAAUGUUUGUGCCAGAUGAGGAGGUCGGAGGUCACAAAGGAAUGGAGACGUUUGUGAAGCUCCCAGAGUUUGAGAAAUUAAACAUUGGCUUUGCACUUGACGAAGGUCUUGCCAACCCUGGGGAAGCCUUCACUGUCUUCUAUGGCGAGAGGAAUCCCUGGUGGAUAACGGUCCACUGCCCAGGCAGUCCUGGCCACGGCUCCAGGUUUGUGGAGAACACGGCUGCAGAGAAACUGCGCAGUAUUAUUAACUCCUUCCUGGACUUCAGGGAGAAGGAGAAACACAGGUUGAACACCAGCGAGUGUUUCACUCUUGGUGAUGUCACCACUGUCAACAUGACCAUGGUGAAAGGAGGCGUGGCCUACAACGUCAUCCCUGCCGAGAUGGACGUCAGCUUUGACUUGAGAAUACCACCCACGGUCAAUUUGCAGGAGUUCGAGGAGCAGAUUAAGAAGUGGUGUAAGGAGGCAGGAGAGGGCAUCACGUAUGAGUUUGCUCAGAAACACAUGAACCAGAAUUUGACAUCCACAGAUGAGAGCGACCCCUGGUGGAACGCCUUCAGCACAACCUGCAAAGCCAUGAACAUGACUUUGGAAAAGGAGAUCUUCCCUGCAGCCACGGACAGUCGCUUCAUCAGAGCGGUGGGCCUCCCUGCCAUCGGCUUCUCCCCAAUGAACCGGACACCCAUCCUGCUGCACGAUCACAACGAAUAUCUGAACGAGCAGGUCUUCCUCAAAGGCAUUCAGGUGUACGAGAAGCUAGUGCCAGCAUUAGCAAAUGUGCCCGCUCUGCCUUGCGACGUCUAGAGCAGCCAUUCUUAACUGGUGGGUGAUGCAAAUUUCAUUACAUUUUGGUAAAGAGUUUUUUUUUUUUUUUUUUGUCACUCGAAUAUUGGGUGACGACUGAGGCAACCCAGUUAAAUGUGGGUCCCGAAACCAAACCAGUUGAGAACUGCUAGUUUAGAGGUCAAAGGUCAAUACCUUGGCUACUUCACAUCCUGUGUCUCUGAACCUCCCCUUGGCACGUGUAGGUCUGCUCUGACACCUCUCACAGAUAAACAAAUCUUGAAUAAUCCAGAUGGUUUUGAAUAAUCCAAAAGGCAGCGCCAAAGAAUGAGAUGAGAUUACUUCAUACAGAUUUAAUUUAAAAUAGUCAAAUUUAGCACUUCACAUUUGUCUCUGCCUUUUGUGUGCAUAACAUCUAUUUUAAUUUCAGAUCGUACAUAGCAACUCAGGACAACAUUAUACCAUUGCAUUACUCAUUACACGUUGUAACAGCAUUGUAAUAACAUUGUACUUAAGAGAAUGUGUUUCAUGCGUCAGUGUAUUAUUUUUAUUUUUUUGAAAAUAAAUUUGUGCCUGCUAUUUGAUAGAGCUGAUUUGAAUAAAGAUAUCACUUUAUUAAA